AUGUAUUUUAAGAAUGAAAAUGCCUAUCCAAUCUGUUUACAACCAAUAUAAUACAAUGUUUAGGCAAAUAAAUAAUGGAAAAUUAAAAAAAACAAUCCUAAUUUGCUUGCACUUCAAAAUGAUGUAUAUUUUAAGGAGGAGGUCAACGAAGUCAUGAAUAUAUUAUUUACAGAAUCAGAAGAGGAAGAAUGUUACAUAUUAAAAAAUGGAAUUGGAUUAGAUACAUUAAAUAGCAUCAAUAAAAAUGAUGAUUCAAUAUCUUAAGCCAACUUUAAACUUACUAAAGAAACAUAGAUUUUCAUUAAAUUUUUAGUUUAAAAACUAAUUUUAUCAUAUUUUGAUGAGAAUACACAACAUUAAUUCGAUUGGAAAGCUAUAUUAGAGGUGUUAUUGUUUCUUAUUUAGAAAUUUCCAAUACUAUUACCUCUGCUUUUACGAAUUAAUUGUAGUGAAUACCUUCAAUAAUAUAAACAUAAAAUUGGAUACGAAUCAUAAGAAUUACCUACUAAUAUAUCAUUUCUUUCAUUGAUAACAAGAUUUAUCCAACCUACCCAUAAUUUUUUAUUUUAUAUAUGUUUGGAUAAUAUAAUACUAUUCAAGAAGUCUAAUAAUAUAAUAGUUCCUUUUGCAAAUGAAUUAAGAAGAAUGAUUAUAAAAUAGCUUUAUAGCGAGAUAAGCAAAUCAAUAAAAACCUGCGAUGACAAAUUAAAGAACUUAACUUUACUUUUAGGAAUACUAUUGUAAAUAAAAUCUGUUGCCAAAAUUUGUAUCAAAAACAUCAAUGAGCCUUAAGACACUUUUAAUUUUGUGAAUUUGUUCAUUGAAGGAAUCAAAAAGUACGAUUUGUAAUAAUACCUUAUCUACAAAGAUUAAAUAUACUUUAUACUUACAAUUUUGAAUUUAUUAUAUAAUGUGGCUACAAGCUUUCUUUUAGAGUAAAAUGUGCCAGCACCAACUAAUUUGAAUCAAUAAAAUAUGAUGAAUAAUAAUCGUUAAAGAGGAAAUAAAAUUAUUGGUGAAAUGAGGUUAUAAGAAAUGUAAAAUUAAUUAUUCUCAUUUGACCAAAGAUAACUCAUUGACUAACUAAAUCCUCUAAGUUUAUCAAAAUUAUAUAUUUUAUAAUGGCCAUUAUUUACAGAAGAAAAUUUUUCACAAUAGAAUUAGAGAUAAGAAGAAUUGACUUCAAAUGAUCAAUUACACUUAAUCGAAGAAAGCUCGGAGUCCCAAGAAAUCAGUGCAUUAGAAUUGGAACAUGAAGAAAAUUAAUUUAUUGAUGAGUUUGGACAGCAAGCAAAUUAAGAAGCUGAUAAAAAUUUAGAAAAUGAUAAAGUUUUAGACAAUUUUGUGAAUGCUUUCAUAAAUAAUGAAAUUGAGAUUAAUUUCUAAUUCACUAUAAUUUUCAAUUAAUUACGCUUACCAAAAUAGUUUUAACACCAUUUGAUAAAGCUUCGAGAAUUUCUUAUAUAAGAUUCCCCUCAGAUUAUUUUAAGUUAGUAUAAUUAAUAGAGAGUAUCAUUAGAGGAUGGCAUUAGGUUUAGAAAUCCCAUGAGACAAAGAAAUAAUACUAUUAUCCAAGUUUUAGGCAGACCCCUGCCUUAAAAUCAUAUUUUGUAAAGAGAUUAAUUGAAUCUAUAAAAUAAUAAUGUAAGGCUCAUGAAUGAGAAUAUUGAAAGAAAUGUUGAUAAUGAUUAUGCUGAUAUUUUUCCUAAUGACAAUGACCUUGAUGAAGAUGAAGAUGACAGAGAUUAUUAAUCUUUAAUCCGUCCAUUUUAAUAAUAAAACUAAUUAUAAUAAAUUAAUUAGAAUAGGACACUUUAAAAUAUCAUUUGUAUCUUGAAUAACAGAAGAUAUACUUUAAAUAAUUUAGGAAAACUAGACUAUUAAUUCAUUCAAUUUUUGUUAAAGCUUCUAUAUAGAUAAGAUGUUGAGGCUAAUUUAAACAAUGUCAAUAAUUUUUUUAAAAGUGUAGUGACUAAAAUGAACAUUACAAAUUAAAUGAUUGAUGAUUUCAUUCAGAUAUUAAAAUAAAUGACUCAAAAUUUAGAUUUAGUGAAAAAAAGAAUCUUAGAGCUGAUGAUUGAUUUAUAAAAAUUGUAAAAAUGCAAUUUAUCAGCCAAUAAUUUUAAAGAUGUGAUAAGCUUAAUAGAAUUGUUCUAAGGCGAAUAGUUGAAUCUACUUAUAUAAUUUAUGUGUAAAUAAGAAAAACUACCGAUUGUAGAAUUAAGUUAAUAAUAAAUUAACACUCUUUUCAAUAAUAUGCUAAAAGAGAAGGAUUUAGAGUUCAGUAACAAUUAUAUAAAUUUGAUAUCGAAACUUUUGGGUGUUCCUUAGAACAGAAAUCUGUUUUUUAAACGUAUGGAAGAUGUAGUUGGAAAUACUACAGAAUAUUAUUAGAUUCAAUUCGAAAAUAGAAAUACAAGUGACUCAUCCUUUGACAAAAUAAAUGAAGUAGAAAAAAUAUUUUAACUGCUUCAUAUUGCUUACAAGCAAGGUGCAGAGGAAUAAAAUAGUUGCGAGAUAUUUUUGAACUCAAUUAAAGUUGAGAACUUAAUGAAGCUUACUGAAAAUGUUAUAUCCAUUUUACCAAAGGAAUAAGUUCAAAAAUAUUACCCAGCCUUAGCACCCAUAUUCAGUAUCUUAGUGAUAUCCAAUUAAAUUCUCAAUCCAAAUAACUCUCAAUAAUUGAUUUUUUUAACUAAAUUAGCUUCUAUGGAGGUUUCCAAUUCUUUUUCAGGUUCCUUAGAAAUUAGAGAUGUUGACUUUGAAAGUUUAUCAAGAGAAAUCUGUAAAAAGGGCAAAAUUUUUAUCAAUUAUAUAAUAGAACAAAAACUUAAUUAAAUGAAUCGAUAAAUGGUGAGACGUCAAUAACCUACUCAAAACUAACAUGAUUUUGAAUUUUAGAACCUUUAUGUGGAUUAUUUCCUCAAAAAUCAUUCUAAAAUUAUUGAUUUUGAAAAUAAGAAAUUAUAUUUCCAUUUAAAGAUAAGAAAAACAUAAUUCAAACGAAUUUCAGUAAGAAGAACCCAUGUUUUCGAGGAUUCUUAUAAUAAGAUUAAUAGUUGUGAUCCUUAAUUAUUAAGACAAGUAAUUGUACAAUUUGAGGGAGAAUAAGGUAUCGAUAUGGGAGGUUUAUCGAAGGAGUGGAUGUAAUUACUCACGAAAUAAAUAGUAGAUCCAAAUAAUAAACUAUUUGUUCCUACUUCAAAUAAAUUGUUUUAUUAAAUUAAUAGGGAAUCCUAUCAAGAUCCUGAUCAUCUGAAAAAAUUUAAAUUCGUUGGAAUGAUUUUCGCAAUAGCUACCGCCAAUGGUGUUAAGGUAUUUGGACGGUUUCCAAUCUCUUUCUUUAAACACAUUAUAGGUUAAAAAUUAUCUAUAUUUGAUAUAUCAUAUCAUGAUGAAGGGUUAUAUCAAUAAUUCUAUUCUCUCUAUUAUAGUAAGAGUAACGCUGAUUUUGAAUAGUAUUUCUUAUAUACAAUAGUUAAUAAUGGGAUACCUGAAGAUCUAGAGCUUAAAUAAGGAGGAGGAGAUAUACUUGUCACUUAGUAAAAUAAAAAAGAAUUCAUAAAAAUGUAUUGCGAUUAAAUCAUGGCAAAAAACGUUGAAAAUUAGAUGAAAGCCUUUUUAGAAGGGUUUUAUUCUGUAAUACCGAGAUAAUACAUUAGUAUUUUUGAUUCAAUUUAACUAGAAUAAUUGUUAUGUGGUUAAACUUACAUAGAUGUUGACGAUCUUAUAAGCAAUCUUUAAUACGUUGAUUAUGCUCCCCAAGAUUAGGUGAUUAUAUGGUUAUAAAAUACAUUGAAGAAUUUCAGCUAAGAUUUGUUAGCAAAGUUUUUAAAAUUCGCAACAUCCUUACCGUUGGCACCAAUAGGAGGAUUUUAGAAUUAAGAAAAAAAGAUUCAAAUUAGAAGGUUUAAUUGUGACUUCAAUAUGACCGAUUAAUUAUUACCUGUAGGACACACAUGUUCAAAUUAAUUAGAACUGCCUCCUUAUUCAUAAGAAUAAAUCUUAGCUGCCAAAUUAGAAAUUGCUAUAACAGAAGGGUCAGAAGAAUUUACAUUAGCAUGA